AUAAAUCACAACAUUUAUACAACUAAAUGAUUAAUAGCUAAGUUGGUCUGGAUGAAGAAACAACCAUUUGAGAAGCACAAAACGCGCUGACUACAGUCUCGUUUUUGACGUCCAGUGACAAACAUACUUCAUGUUUAUUGCUACUAUAAAUAUAAUAUUAACUUUUCUUAGAAUCUUCAGAGGACAUUAAUGUCGAUGUUUACUGUUUUUUUCAUUUGAAUGGGAGUCGAAAAAACAUUCUGUGUAAAAUAUAAACCUCUAGUUUUAACAUGUUGAUUUUAAUGUGAAUAAACGUUAUGUUCAAUCCAUUACUAAAUACAGUUGGACAUGAACUUCAUAUUGCUGACGCAGAAGGAGAUUAUAAUUUACACACGUUUAAUCGAUGCACAAAGAAUCCAGGACACACGGACUUUGUCUCAGUGGACGCGUUUCGGACGGAACACUUGCCCAAGUGUUUCCGUGAAGAUGCCUUUUACCAAAUCGUCAAGCGCAUUUUUGAUUUCACAGUAAAGCUGGAAGUUAGGAUGGUAAGCUCCUGCAGACCUGCAUUGUGGGAAGGCUCUCCUUAUCCUUGUUCUGAUUGGCCCAGCAAGAGACGUUUGCGUCACGGCACUGGUAGCAUAAGGAGUAUGUAUAUGUACUGUAAUGGGCUAAAUAGUGACAAGAUUUACCAUCGGGACUGUCGCUUAGCUUGCGAUUGUAAAAGAUGUCAGGGGUCGAUGGCCCCAAGCCAAAUCUGGUGGGAGAUUGAGGUGAUGACGGCCACGCACGUGGUGUUUGACGAGAACGAGGCCAAGCGCACCACGUGCGUUCUGUUCCACGACAGACCCGGAUGUCAGGAUAUAAAACUGGACACGGUACAUGUGGACUACGCUAACAUUACGACGGACAAGUGCUGGCUGAGAUGCGUGACUUGCGACAAGGAUUUGGUCUCAAAAUUUGAAGAAAUGUUUAAAAAUUAUGACCAGGCCUGGACAAAUCUUUACGUCCGUUACUCUCAGCUGAAGACGAUGGACAGGACAGCCUUGAUUGUGUCACAUCCGCACGGCUGCUUCAAACAUGUGAGUGUUGGUAAGUGGACUGAGACGCAAGUGUUUUAUGAGUAUCAAAAUAACUCAGAAGAACAAAGUGACGAUAAUUCAAAUACUUUAAGCCCCAGUAGAUCAAACAGUCAAAUCCCUGAUGAUGGAUCAAAUGGUCUAAUAGCUUCCAAGUUUCCAACCGUUGCUUAUACUCUCAAAGGACCAAAACUAACUGCUUAUUAUUAUACGACACCGACCUGUCCCGGGACUAGCGGAGCAACAGUUUAUCUUCUCGGGAUUUACGACGGACAGCGAUACAUGUACAGUGACCAUCACACACACAUAGGUACCGCAGCAAGGCAGGAUUGCAUUGGUCAUUGUGGAUUUGGUUUUAAUGACUAGAGUGUUUUGUUUUAAAUUAUCUAUAUAUUUAGAGAGAGAUUCUUUAAACUUGAAUGGUGACAUUUAGAAACUUGUAGUUUACUUUCUAUUUUUUUUUUGGCCACAUAAUACAUUAUUAAAGACAAAUUGAACACAGGCCAAAUCGCUAAAUUAUUUUACUAAAUAUAUUUAUCUAGUUCGUAGAUCAAGGAACAAAUAUAUAGACUUAACAUUUUAAAAAGAGUUUUCAUUUCAAGAGGCCUGUCUUUAUUGCUCCACGAUACUUUCUUUUGAAGCCAUGUUCUUCUAUCAGUUGAUGGCAUCAUGGAGUGCCCAUUCAUUCCUUAUAUAAUUUUAUUUUGAGCCAUCACUUUUACACUGGUUGUUACAAUUGAUAAGAAUAGUAUUGUUAUUAGUAUUUUGAGUUCCUCCAACUUACAAGUCACUGUUGAUAGAUCUAGAUCUAGAUUUAGAGCUAUAAUUGUCAUUCAGCCACUCACAUUUCACUCCAAUGAAUAAAUAAAAAAGACUUGCUGCAAAUAAAA